AUGGGUGAACAGAGGAAAGAAAAUAUGUCGAUACAAUUGAACUCUGGCACCGGUCGAUUGAUCCCAAAAGUUGUGUCGGUAUUUUUGAACAUGACAAAAAAAAACAGAUACAAAAUGAGAUCAAACAGGGAGUUAAGUGCUGAACAAGAGCAAGACAAAGACAAAGGAAAACAACGACAUUAA